ACCUGUGCGGGUAUGCUAGCUAAUGCAGCACGUAUAUUUAGCACGCCACUGUUAUUUUAUUUGCAGAGUCUUGGCCAGAAUAGUGGUGUUGACAUCACCUACGUAUGCUUCCAUUUUUUUUUACAGUGAUCUUCGAUUUUAUUUUUUCCCUUUUCCUCAGAUUCGUGGUCUACACGUCAGACCAAUCCCUCUCGCCUGAAUGAUCUGUGGGUGACUCGCAUUUAACACAAGAUCAACACACCACACACGCAUUUGUUUUGUGAAAGACACGCAGCGGUGUAUCCGAGUCAGCAGCGCCGAGAUACCCGCGCGCCAGACGCGAGGCGGUGGGGGAGCGUGCUGCCGCACGCGCACGUCCCGCUAGGGGGCGCCGGCGCUAGAGGGAGCGAAGAUGGCGGAGGGCUGCGCCUGGUUUUUGGUGCUGGGCUCCGUGCUUUUGUGUAACCUGGUGAAAACGCUGCUGCCCAGCAUCUCCUCUUCCCUGUCUAAGGUCUUUCACAAGGAUGCGGAGCACGAGCUGGAGAUGCGGAUGGAGAUCCAGGACAUGAAGAAGGAGUUGUCCUCCAUCAGCAUGAUGGAUGAGUUCGCCAGAUACGCGAGGCUGGAGCGCAAGAUCAACAAGAUGACCGACAAGCUCAAGUCCCUUGUGAAGUCGAGAGCUGCCUACCAGGCCAAGGUGAAGUGGGUCGUGAACAUAGUGUACCAUGUACUCCAGGCCUUGCUGAUGAUCUCUUUGAUCUGGAAGUACUACGCCAGCCCAGUGACGGUCCUCCCCAGCCAGUGGAUCGUCCCUCUUGAGCGUCUGGUCGCAUUCCCCUCUGGGGUGCCGGGUGGAGUUGGGAUCACGUGCUGGCUGGUGGUGUGCAACAAGGUGGUGGCGCUUCUUCUCCAGGCCGCGGGCUGAGCAGAGGGGACCCCGGCACGUUCUCCGAAGCCCUGGUCCCAGCAGAACAUCUCCACAUGUCCAAGACUACUUUCCUGCUCUCACUUUCAACCUGCUGGACCUGUGUGUGUGUGUGUGUGUGCGUGCGUGCAUGUGUGUGUGUGUGUGGUUGCCUUCAAGGUCACUGCUCUUCCUGUUUUACUCUUGUGUUUGUCCUGAACAGCCUGGCAUGUGGUCACAUCAUCUGUUUGUUAAAUUAUUACGUUUCCUGGAAAGUUGAUUUCUAAAUAAGCUCGGCGAAAUUCACCCUUGCAGGGGUUCCGUUCCUCGUUAACUGUCACGGUUAUGUUUGGCAGAGGGCUGGUGCAGCCUGGUCUCUCCUGCCGUUGUCUGUGACGCAUCUAUGUGGUGUCCAUUCUGUUUUUAUACUGCGUCUCUGUGGUGUUCGUGUGGAACAUUCCCAGGAGUGUGUCUCUUAUUUUUAGCAUUUCCGUUUUCUUUUUUUUUUUUUUGUUUUUUUUUUCCUGUGAAAUAUAAAUGGAUACAAUGCAAAAACGA